AUGGACCCUACAACCCUACCACAACCCUCGCCUCCACAGCAGCAAGCCCCGCCUGCAAACUUACAAGCCUUGCCACCUACAGUGGCUAGUCCUGCCCAGCAAAUUCAAUAUAAAGUCCAAUUACUGCUGCAUAUCAAUAGCAUUCUUAUAGCACGGGUGAUCCAGAUCCAUAGUAAUGCUGCAGCACCUAAUGCCAGUCAAGAGAUUGCUCAGCAUUUGAAGCGUGUCCAUUCAAACUUACAGUGUAUUUCGCAGAUAAAUCAAGGUGUAUGGAAUGCCAAGCCUUCGAUUCUGGAUGCCCCAACUUUGGAUUCUCCGGCCCCUAAGCCCACGGGCCAAUCUGCCAAGGAAAUCUUGGCCAAAUUGUAUUUACUGUUGAAUAGACUAUUUGAGAUAUGGUAG